AUGCCCGGGGGCUCGGUAUAUGCUGCGGGAUCCGGGUCCGUCUCACGGACCAAAAGGAAGCGAGAGGAACACAAAGUGGACGGCUCGGCCCCUGUUACUUCCCCAAGGAAGACGAAAGGACCUCGUACCCUUUCCCGGAACAAGUCUGCUUCAGAUGCUCCUGUAUCCUUGGCUUGCCAGCCGAAACCCCCGGCACCCGGCUCAAAACGGCGCAAGCGUGGCGCCGACGAUGGUGUUGAAAUGGUUCGCGAAGAAAAGAGGCUCCGCUCAUUUCGGAAAAAGCCUCCUCAGUCCUAUAUCACAAAACUUACCAGGGCUACUCUCCAGAGAAUGUUCAUCGUCAAGAGACAAAGGGAAGAGACCACAAGGGGCCCAGAAGAAACUGUGCAUAUUGUAGGCACAACAGGGAACAUCUAUAAAGUUGUAAUUGGGAAGGUGCCUGCUUGCUCUUGCCCCGACGCAAUGAAGGGCAAUCAAUGCAAGCACAUUGUUUAUGUCCUAUGUAAUGUCCUCAAAGUCAAGGACUAUCUCCGAUAUCAGCUUGCCUUUCUCUCCUCUGAGCUCCGUGAAAUCUUCGAGAAAGCUCCGAUAAACCCAGCAGACAGUAGUUCUACAGGCAGCAAAGGAAAGCAAAAGCCCAUUGACGGGGAUUGCCCUAUAUGUUUUAUGCCGCUUGAUUCUUCAAACGAUCAAGUUGUGUGGUGCAAGGCCGCAUGCGGAAACAAUAUCCACAGGCUCUGUUUUGAGCAGUGGGCAGCCAGUCUGAACGGAAAGCAACUGAGAUGUGUUUACUGUCGAACACCUUGGGAGGACGACGGGUUCGAUAUUCACUCACUUCUAAGCCGUGCUACAAUCAGCGAGGAUGGCUAUAUUAACGUGGCAGAGGCGAUGGGACUGUCCCAGGAAAGGGGUAGGGGUUCCUCUCUACUAUUCAACAUAUCAUCAGCCUUGGGUGCGCCGACAAUUGUAUCCCUACUAUUAGCCUAACAUGGUUGGUUCUCAGCUUGACCACAAUGUGGUUGUGGAGACUCUUGGCUACAAUCCAACAUCAUGUCCGUUUAAAUGAAGACGCUUUGUUGCCUUCAAGAAUAUUGGCAGGUUUCGUUUUAGGAUGGUUGGCUACACACCAAGCGUCAAGGUUGAUAUUCAAAGAGCAAGGACGUUUUGAUGUUCGCAUUGUUGAGAACGUGGACUGCUACCAAAUUCCCUUUGACAUGGCGAGUGCAGCUAUCAUCAAUGGUUUCUGGCACCUCCUGAGAAUUUUCAUUCUGCUUCUCUGUUGUACCCCUAAUGACAAGGUUGGUAUUAACAAUAUAAUCAGUUUUAAUUCCAUCUCACACUACGUUGCGCGGCAGGCCUCUGGGUAAGAAUGAAUGUUUGACUAGACACCGGGACAUUGGGCAUCAUGGGAUUUAAAUAACCAAUACACUCGCUAUAAGCGACCGAUCGCGGUUCGUACUCCGGUCGUACAUUUGCAUUUAUCAUGCAACACAGAUACUACUCCUCCGAACCAGUGAGUCGACGUUUAUCCGUGGUCAUUUAAUAUCCUUUUUCCGUCCCUAACUACAGCAGAACUCGUACCCUCCUCGCCGGUCAUCCACGGGGGCAUCUUGGCUGCGUCGAUCACGCCCAAUUCCGCAAGUUGUCGCAGACCGGAUAUCACAUCGGAGCCGGAAAAAGUAAGCGACAUGGUGGGAUUGUCGUCGAGUUCGAGACCUUUGACUUGAGACGAAGGAGUGAUGGGGUCUUGGAGGGAGAUGUCAAUUUUUUCGAGAGCGGGAUUGGGGCAGGUGGCUGCUUGGGGGACUGAUGGUGGUGAUGGUGAUGAUGAUGAUGAUGAUGCGCGAGGAGAUGACGAAGGAGGAAUCGCCAGAAGAUGACGGUAAGAGCCUGAUGUUCCAAAUCUCGAGAGUAUGGUUUUUUGUCGUUUUGUUUUCGCUGAGGAAUGGGACGGGUGCUGAUUAGACUCGCUUUCCGUCCCCGCCAAUGAUGACAUAUUUUCUUUCUGGGCUCCUGGAUUUGCCGAGUC